GGGCUGUGUUCGAUUACUUUGAAGAUGUAUCCACCCUUUCUUCCUCGUGCAUACAUUAAACUGUAUGAAAGCGGAAAACAAUGUUGCCACGUAUCCAUAUUUAUCUCAGAUAUGUGAUUGUUCCAGGGGAAGGAAUGUAAAAGUAUUUUAACGGAGCCUGGCUUGUAAAAUAGAAAAAGUGUGCUAAACGCUUCUUUAAAAAAAAAUUUUUUACCUCGCGUUCUGCUUCUGACUUGUGUGUAGUGUGGCCCAUGCAAGGAACACAAUGUCCAGCACUGAGUCCGAGGUUAGCGUUGCAGGUUCGGUGGUGUCAGACCCUCAACACUCUCAGAAACUUCUCAAGGCCCUUCGCUCCUUUUGGCAAGAACAAUGCUUCCAAGACGCAGUGUUAGUACUGGACGGGGAAAAGAUUCCAGUCCAGAAAAACAUUUUGGCUGCGGCUAGUCCAUACAUCAGAACAAAACUGAACUACAACCCUCCAAAGGAAGAUGGAUCCAUGUACACCAUUGAGCUUCAGGGAAUCUCUGUCACUAUCAUGAAGCAGAUCCUGGACUACAUCUUUAGUGGGGAGAUCAGUCUGAGUGAGGACACCAUUCAGGACAUGGUCCAGGCUGCUGAUCUUCUGCUUCUGACAGACUUGAAGUCCCUGUGCUGCCAGUUCCUAGAGAGCUGCAUUGCUGCAGAGAACUGCAUUGGGAUCCGGCUCUUCUCUCUACAUUACUGUCUGCACCAUGUUCACCAUGUUGCCACAGACUUCCUCCAGACACAUUUCCGUGAUGUGGCUGCCACGGACGAGUUCAGGGAGUUACCCCCAGACCGGCUGUGUGAGAUCCUGUCCAUGGAGAAGCUCAACGUGGGCAAUGAGAAGCAUGUCCUGGAGGCUGUGGUGCGCUGGCUCGGUCAUGACCUGGAGGAACGGAGGGUGCACAUGAAAGAGGUGAUGUCAUCAGUGUGGAUCCAGGGCCUGGACCAAGGUUACCUGAGGGAGCAGGUAUUGGGAGAGCCCUUGAUGAGGGAGGUGAUCAGGGAGUACUGCAAUGCUCCACUGGGGGGUGCUGCACUGCAGGGUGAGGCUCUUCUAGCCGCCUUCAAACCUCGUGGCUACUCGGAGUGCAUCGUCACUGUAGGAGGGGAGGAGAGAGGAACGAGGAAGCCGUCAGCCAUGGCACGCUGCAUGUGUCCACUCUAUGAUCCAAACCGUCAGCUGUGGAUCGAGCUGGAACCAAUGAGCAUUGGCCGAAUAGGGCAUGGGGUGCUGGCUGCAGAGGGCUACCUCUUUGUGAUGGGUGGUAUGGAUGAAACUAAGAUGGUCCUGAGCAGUGGGGAGAAAUAUGACCCAGACACAAACACCUGGACCCCAAUUCCUUCCAUGAAACAGGCGAGGCAGAACUUUGGUGUUGCAGAGCUGGAUGGGAUGAUCUAUGUUUUGGGAGGAGAGGAUGAGGACAUAGAGCUCCUGACUGUGGAGGUUUUCGACCCUCACUUUAACACCUGGACAACCCAAACCAGCAUGACAAUGGUCCGCAAGGUGAGACAUGAGCACUUCCAGCUUGCUAUAAACACAUUCACAAAUUGCAACCUCUCUAAAUCUCUCACCACUUGCCCAACAAUCUCUCCUCAGAUUGGCUGCUAUGCCACCAUGAAAAAGAAGAUCUAUGCCAUGGGUGGUGGGUCAUAUGGAAAGCUGUACGACUCAGUAGAAUGCUAUGAUCCGAAGACCAAGCAGUGGACUGCAAUCUGCCCUUUGAAAGAGAGAAGGUUUGGCUCAGUGGCAUGUGGUGUGGGUCAGGAACUCUAUGUGUUUGGAGGCGUGAGGAGCCGUGACUCAGACAACCCAGAAUCCAGCACCAUGACCACCUGCAAGUCUGAGUUUUUCCAUGAUGAGAUGAAAAGAUGGAUGUACCUUGAUGACCAGACUCUCUGUGUUCAGACCAGUUCCUCUUUUGUGUAUGGCGCUGUCCCCAUUGGUGCCAGCAUCUAUGUAGUGGGAGACUUAGACACUGGUACAACCUAUGACUAUGUGAGAGAAUUCCGUCGCAGCUCGGGGACGUGGCACCGCACCAAGCCCAUGCUGACAUCUGAUCUGUGCAAGACUGGCUGUGCAGCCCUGCGCAUCGCUAACUGCAAACUGUUCCGUCUGCAGCUGAAGCAGGGCCUGUUUAGACUCAGGGUCCCGUCCUCUUAGAUGAAGCUCAUUUAGGUGCUCUGUCUCCACACUCACAGCAAUGGAACAUGAGAAUGGAGGUUGAAGGGACGUCCCAAAGGGGACGUUUGGAGUAUUUAUCUGCAUAUUUUGGUGGCUUUCUUAGGUUCCAUCAGGGUAUUAUUCUGUGUGGGUACUUGCUUGAAGAGGGAUGGCUUUUUAAACAUGACAUUAUUUCAUAUGCAAUUUAACAAUGGGUAUGAUUUGUAAAUAGGUUUUACUGACCAUUUACCCAUUGCUUUUUGUUUACUACGUUCUUGCUGCUGUUUGGUGAGUUUGAAUGAAUUUAAAACACAUUUUAAGGGGAGAAAAGCAAGAAUGCCAUAGUACUGUCAUUCAUUGUAGCAUAGGUAGUCAUUUUUAAGGAAAAUCUAUACCCAUGUCUAACACUGCAUUUUUUUUGUUGUUAAAGAUCAGUCGCUGAAUGACAACGAGACAUCCCAUUUUCGUUGUUACCUUAUAGUAGCUAAGGGAUUCGUGGCCUUUGAAUAGACUUGGGUGAUAUGGACAAAUCCAUAAUUAUAUUGUGACUGAAUUGUCACAAUAAUGAUACGAUAAAUGUAUGACAUUAAUGUGCAUCAGUUACUUUUUACAUUAUCCUUAGGUACAACACUCAAGUAGUAGUUAUCACUUGUCCUGUUAGCAUUCGCCCAUAUUUGCAGCCUUAUUUCAAUUCAAACUUCACAUUUAUUUAGUAUAGACUACUUAUCGAUAUCAGUAAGAUGUCCUCGGUGGUGGGUUUGGUUGGUGGCAAUAAUUUUUCUGGUUUAUCAUGACAUUAGAGCUAUACGAGGAGACUUCUAAAAGAACAGAUGUGGUUUUACUUGUUCCCUUAGCUAAGGGACUUGUAGCUCUAUAAAAUAAGCAAAAUGUCAUCUUUACCCACAAACUUAACUUAGACUGUUUUUAAAUGGACAGCUUUGAAUGAGUAAUGCCAGAAGCUGGAGCAUAUUUUGUAUUGAAAUGGUAACAGGUUUUAUAUAACGUUACUGUAUCUUAAGUGAAAUCUCUUUGGGACGUGCGUGUUUAGUGAAUGUAAAGCUGAGUUAAGCCCCUUCCUUCCAUUGGUUUCCCCUUAACCAAGCACUCUAGGCACAGUGUGGGCCAGAAAUGGAUUUAGAGUUACUGGUGUCACUCUUAAGUUGCUAGAUGUAUUUUGCUGAUGACUUUUAAACUGGCUUUCCAGUCAGUGUGGAUGAUUUUUUUGGCAUCUGUUAACCCCAUUUGUUCUGUGUGAGUUACAGCUGUUGCUGUCCAUCCCAUUUGAAGGGAAACUCGUCUCUCACGUGCUACAGAACUCACAGAAACAUAUUUUUAAAAUGCAUUCACACGCCUUUAUGAAGCCAACAGAGCUCAGGACACUUCUGAAAAGCACCAAGAACAAAUGUAAGAACAGGUAUCACAAUUUACACUUAACACUGUAUACUUGCAGCAUGUUAGUGUAUUGCUGAGAGACUCAACAUUCCCAUAGUCUUUAGUGUAAACUGUGAGAGUGACACUAUCUGCAUUCUAGUGGUCCAAACAGUGCUUUCACAAAACAUUCACCCAUUGUGUAACUAUCAGAACACUGUGAUAUGCGCUUUAUGCAUUGUUCUUUGAGGAAUUCUGCAAUAGUACCAUCAACUGGUUGUUAACCAAAGUUGGGAUGUGAGAGGACCAUGAAUUCAAAUCUGUGUGUAUUUUUGUAUUCAAUUCUGUGGGGUAGCAAGGAAGGUGUCAUGGAAAGAGCUCAAUCAUGAGUGUCUUCAGUUUAACAAGAUGAUUAAACAACACUAGCCAACUCAGUAGUUAUUCCUCUGUGACUUCAGCCCUGGUUUAAAUCAAGUAGCAUUCAGGGUGUUGGAGUUUUGUUUUUAUGUUUCAGAGGAUUCAGGAGAAACUGAAGAGGUAUUCCUCAAAUAAUCCAUUAUAUUUGGGUUAUUGUUUGUUUUAAUCUCUCGGAAACAGUUUACCAAGAAAAUCUGUUGACUUGUAACUGUGUGUGUCUUAGAUGAGGGGCAAGCAUCGGAUUAACACAACAGGUUUACUGAAGAUAAUCAGGAUGGAGUUAACCAAGCUGCUCUCAUGACUUUCUCAAUUUAACUAUAGUCUUGUGACUCAACACCGAGUGGCUAAUGUUAAACUGAGCCCUGAGAGACUACUGCUUCUGCUGCAGUUUGGACACAGGAUUUAGGCUGGGAUUCAGCUGGGAGCACUGCCCACUGAACUUCCACUAGAAAAGACUUGUGGCAUGUGAAGGGAAGCCACCAGCGCACUACACUGCAUUGACAAAACCUGUUUGAGAUUUACAUUGAGCAUAAUAUUUUUUUUUAAUAAUAAUGCAGUUUGUAAAGUAAUUCAUUCCACAGACAUUAAGAAACCUCAUGUUAUUCCAUAAGGUGUUGAGCUUGUUUGUAGGCCUUCAUUGUUGCAUUUCAGUGUGUUGGAUCAUUUUAAAAGACACUACUACAUAUGGGGUUAAAGUUCCUCAUAUCUGACAUUUCAAAACUGCAUCAUGACAGUCACUGUUUUUCUUUCACUUUCAGCUUACUUAACAUUUAGGCAUGAGCGGCUGAGGCACAUCUGCAAUGUCGUGGUCAAGUUAAGUAAUGGGAGUGGUUGGAAUGGAAAAACUUUGAGAAAUGUGUUCAGCUCCCAGUUGGAGCAUCAAACUCAGUGGUCAGGCGAUCUUAGAGCUUGUUUUCGACAGUGUGACCCAUGAGAUGAGUGCCCAAGAUACAGUACGUCUCAAGCUCUUUCUACUGAUUCCCCACAAAUAGAACAGUUUGAAAAUGUUGUAUAAAGACUGACUUUUAAUGAAGAGAACAGGUACAAUUGUUCAUGAGUGUAUGGUUACUCUAUCUCUGCAAUACUUAUUCUACUCUAUGCUCUUCAGCAUGCCCCUAGUCUUGUCAACAUAGACUGUCAUAUUCAGUGGGUUUGUAACAACUGUUUCUUAGGUGAAAUCUGGACACAUGGAUACUGGUAGUCUCUGACCCACUGCUGAAACAGUUUUAAUGGGGUGUGUUGUGCACUCCCCAACCAGACAAUUUGGAUGCUUAUCAAUCAUUUCUGCAAAGUACCAACGUCGAGAUCACAGUUACAUGGAAACUGUUUGUUGUUCAUGCUUAUUGUAGCCUAGUGUGCAUCAAAAUGCUAAAUAUUUAGCAAUAAAAUGGAAAAUAA